AUUUGCCACUAUUUUGGUUUUCCAACCCUGAAAAGUUUUUCAUGUGACAGUUCAAGUCGUUGGAAAAUAGAAAAAAUUCACCCCAUCAACUAUGAGAAGGGCAACAAAUGCCAGUUACCUGGACAACGAUUAUGAUACCAACACACCGAGGGAAAAACAGAAGCGAAAAAAAGCCGAAAUGAAGCAGAAGAAGAAAGUGGAUAGUGAAUCCUUAAAUAUGGAUACAAAAACGACUGCCAGUUAUUUUAGCCUUUGCAUAACGGGACAAAUAGUAUCUGCCACAUUUCCCUUGGGCCCGGAUAAGGAAUAUGUCUUCUGCCGCUAUGAAUUACUUGCCGGACCGGAUUGGCAAUUGGCUUCGGGUCCCCAACAUGGUCUCACACAGUUGGCCACAAAUAAACAAAGGCAUUUCAAUGAUCCAAUUGUAUUCAAUAUGCCCAUUGAGGUGACAUAUAAGAGCACCAGUCCAUUUGGUUGGCCCCAGAUCCUGGUGAGCGUCUUUGGACGCAGCGGUCUAGGUCGUGAAACAUUAUUAGGCUAUGCACAUAUACAUCUUCCCGUUUUUGGCAGUCAUCGUCCAGCCGAAGUGCCACCAACACAAAUUGCACCCAUUCUAAUGCCCAAAUUGCCGAGCAUGCUUGCAGAUUUAACCAGUUGGAUUUUGCGCCGUGAACCAGAACUGAAAGAUCCCAAAGUCUUGUUAGAUAAUCUCAAGUGCAAGGGCCUAUCCAUGGAAUCUUACGGCAGCUUAGAGUUCCAAAUGCAUACUGUGAUGCGAGGAGCCCGUAAACUUGGUUACCACUGGCAUGUCUGAGAUGUUGUGUUAAUAAAACGUGGAAUUGUUGAAGCGGCAAA